CCUCUAAAAUGCAUCUGCAGGUGGGGCAAGCUUAGGAAGGAUCAUGUCUUAACUCCAGAGAACAGCAUCAGAGCCGAAGUUAAUGAGAAAGAGACAAAUGAAGACAGGGGGAUGACAGUGUAAUUGGGCGCGAGAUGCGGCACCCUGCUGAUGGGGUGUCUCCUCUGCGAGGUGCGGGCCGUGACUGACGACUGUAUAUAAGGCUGCUGAGAGCGGGGCCGCUCCAGAUCGCGCUCCCGAGGCCAGCGCUCCUGCUCCUGCCCAGGCUGCCUCAACUUUGUGGGGAGAUGGCCCAGCUCCAGGAAAACAUCAACGGCAUCAUCGCUGUUUUCUACAACUACGCCAGGAGGGACGGCGACUGCAGCGCCCUGAGCAGGGGGGAGCUGAGGCAGCUCAUCGAGCAGGAGUUUGCGGACGUGAUAGUGAACCCCCGGGACCCCAACACCGUCGAGAAGGUGCUGCGCUUCUUGGAUGAAGACAGCAAUGGCAAGGUUGAGUUCAGUGAGUUUCUCAGCCUGGUUUUCCGGGUGGCCAAGGCUUGCUACAGGCAGCUCCAGCAGUGUCAGGCACCAGAAGAUGGUCAGGAGACGACGGUGCAAGAGGAGGCAGGCAGGGAGCAGACACCAGAGCCGCGCGUGGCAGGGCCGGUGUCCCCCCAACAGCAGGACCCUGAGCGGGUGAGCAAACAGGUGCAGGAGGGUGCAGCAACCAAGCAGGAACGGGACACCCAACGUACCCAGAAGACUGAGACAGCGAAGAAGGAUCAGGAUGCUCAGGAGACCAAGAAGGGUGAGACAUCAAAGAAGGACCAGGGCACCACUCAGGAUACCAAGAAGGGUGAGACAUCAAAGAAGGACCAGGGCACCACUCAGGAUAACAAGAAGGGUGAGACACCAAAGGACCAGAACACCAAUCAGGAUACCAAGAAGGGUGAGACACCAAAGAAAGACCAGGACACCAGCCAGGAUACCAAGAAGGGUGAGACACCAAAGAAGGACCAGGACACCAAUCAGGAUACCAAGAAGGGUGAGACACCAAAGAAGGACCAGAACACCAAUCAGGACACCAAGAAGGAUGAGACACCAAAGAAGGGCCAGGACACCAAUCAGGACGCCAAGAAGGGAGAGACACCAAAGAAGGGCCAGGACACCCAUCAGGAUGACAAGACUAAGGCACCAGAAGGGGAUCCAAAGAGAGGAGAGACCCUGUAUACUGAGACCCCAGAGCAGGACAGAAAUACGCAUAAAGCUGCAAAGACACCAAAACAGAACCCAAAAAGCCACCAGGCCCAAGACACAAAGGCAUCAAAGCUGGGUCCAAACCCCAAUCAGAGCCUGCAGACGGAGCCAGCAGAGCAGAACCUGAGCUGUUCCUCUGAGACAGCAGGGAGAGACACAAACAAGACCCAGGUCUGCAAGACCUCUUGGCAGGAUCCCAACCCAGGUGAGACCCAGAAGCUGCUGCCCCCAGGAUGGGGUGGGAGCCCCCAGCCAGAUCCCAGGCCCUGGGAAACGCACGACAACCAGGCUCGACCUGCAUUCCCCGAACCCAAGGUGCAGGACGACAGCGGGGCCGAGGCUCAGCCUUUUCUGGGACAGCAGCAACAGGGCAGUCACGGCAAAAGACAACACCCUGUGGAGCAGCAGCACUUGCAGCCUCAGUGGCCACCACAGCAGUGAAGGCUGAAACCCUGUGCGACCGAGGCUGUUGCCCCCUGCAAGGUGGGACUUUUUGUCCAAUGCCACCCUGAUUUUACAUUCCUAUUUGUUAUGUCUUGUCCCACUCUUUAUUAACCCUGGGCUUCACACCCCUGGUUUGUAUAGAAUUAUUCGAGGCUUGAGACCUUCUCUCUUAUCCUGUAUUAGACUGCCUCUGCCUGUGUAAGCAAAUCAAUAAAACUGAAGGCAAAACA